UUUCCUUCCUGCCACUACAAGCCUCCGGGCCACUAUUUGGGACUGACGUCCCUACGCUCCCGCUAUGGCGACAGUAGACGCGCCAAUCGUUGGCAACUCGUUCGCUGACUUGGAGCAGCGCGUUGCACGGCUCGCAGACCCCCUCGUCGACAUCAAUCAAAAGUCGAAAUGUGCUGCAGAAAUACGCGAGAUGCUCGACAGCCCGCGGGACAACGAAUCGUAUCGGGCUCUGUUCUACCUCAUUCCCACUAUCAUUAGUCUCCUCGGCUCUGUAGCCGUGAGCCUGGACAAGUCCACUCCAGAAUAUGUCUUCAGACGCGCCUUGGUCGAAAUCAUCCACCGACUUCCGGUGCACGAUAACGUUCGCCCGCGCGCCGAUGAUGUAUUCAAUUGCAUGAUAAACGUCAUUCGGCACGACAACGAGGAGAACGGGGUGCUUUGUUGCAAAACUCUGGUCGAUUUCGUCCGCAACUACAGGACCUCAGCUCCCCAGCACAUCAACGACUUCUUCCUGUUGUUUCAAGAAUGUUGUCGCAAUAUUCCGAGCCUGGUCAAGGAAGUUCUGUCAGAGGACUCAGCUCCGCUAAACCCUGAUGCUCUCAUGCCUUGUCUGCGGAGCUUCAAAGGGCUUGUUGAGAUUGGGCAGGUCAUGGCGUCUUUCAUGUCCAUCCAGAGACCCUCCACGUCGAACGACACAUUGAUUCCUGCUUUUGAGGUAGUGGGAUUGGAGUCUCCGGCGCAGAAGGCAAAUAGAGAGAACUAUGAAGCCAUGGGCGGUUUUUGGUCCGGAGUUGCGCCGACCGUUCGUAAUCCAGGAGCAUAUAGUGAUUUCCUAUCUGCUCAGACGAAGAUUCUGUCCUACCUGACCUACGUUAUGCGCCUUGGAGUUGAGAACCAGGACCAGCAUGGGGACACCCUCCUUCUAGCUUCUCUCCGCCUUCUGCAGGAUUGUCCGACCACUGCAGUUACUACCAGAAAGGACUUGAUCGUCGUUUUCCGCCACCUUGCUGGCCAAAUACAUCGGCGUGCGGUUAUCCCACACCUGGACAAAUUGUUUGACGAACGGGUGACUCUGGGAACGGGCAUCACAGGAAAGGAAAUGUUCAGAUCGCACAUCUACAGUGCACUGGCCGACCUCUUUCACCACAUCCGCGGAGAGCUGUCCAUGGCCCAAGCUAACCGCAUCGUGCUCAUCUACGCACGCAUGCUGCACGUUCCUUCGAUGGCUACUGGUCUCCAUCCUAUGUUUCUCAAGAUCAUCAUCAGUCUCGUUGACACUAUCGUCACCAAAGAUAAGGGGCCGGCUCUCAAGACUCUCCUUUUCAUCGUAGACACCUGUUUGGACCGUCUCGAAUCGUUGAACAUCGCGUUGGAGGACCUCUACAGUGCCGCCGAGCGUGCGAAAGCAGGAAAAAAGGAUGAUGUAGUGCACGAUGCUGCGUUCAUCGAGAAAGUGCGCCCUCUCGGUGGCUCGUCGUUUUUGUUGGAGAAACCGGAAGAGGUCAUUACAGACAUGCGCAAUCUGUUCAAAACGCUGCUACACGGGCUGCGUUCGUGCUUGAGUGUGAUCAAGAAGCUGGGUGGCGAUGUCAUUGACGGCACGCGCAUGAACCGGCUUUUCAAACUGUCAACACGCUGUUUGACGUUGUUCGAGCCGUACAACGAAGACCCCACCGAAUGGCUAGCGCUCGUUCUAUGCGAACUCAACUUGCACGUCUUCCAAGAGGUCUGGGCGCAGAACAUUGACUACUUUUUCCAAUCUGCACGAAAACGGCCUGUGAUCCUCAAUCUUUGCCAAACGCUGUUCCUAAAGGACCCAUUCUCUCCGACGCUUCUUGCGGCUGUUCUUCGGUUUCUGGUAGACCGACUGCCCAUGUUGGGAGAGCAGGACGAUAUAGUCGCUGGUGCCACUAUCAGGCUGUUCAAGAUGGGCUUCAAUUCAGUGACGACACACCAGGCGACGAAUGAACCGAUCUUGGCGUCCCACCUCCCCAAACUUCUGAUGGACUGUUUCCCACUGGCCGCCAAAGCAACAAAGCCGACGCACUAUCUGUUCUUGCUGCGGUCGCUAUUCCGGGCCAUCGGUGGCGGUGGCGGUCGAUUCGAGAUUCUGUACAAAGAAGUCUUGCCCCUUCUACCUGAAAUGCUCGCGAACCUGAACACACAGCUGCUUGCAUCGGAGGGGCAAACAAGAGAUCUCAUCGUGGAACUUUGUCUGACAGUGCCGCUACGGUUAACUCAUCUGCUGCCGCACCUGACAUAUCUGAUGCAGCCGCUUGCGCUCGCUCUCCGUGGGACGCAAGAACUGGUCGCCCAAGGCCUGAGGACGCUCGAGCUCUGUAUCGACAAUCUCACGCCGGACUUUUUGGAUCCGACCCUGAAUACAGUCUUGCGUGAGCUGAUGGAGGCAUUGCACAGCCAUCUCAGACCCCUGCCGGCGAACCAUCAGCUGGCGCAUACGAUCAUCCGCAUUCUGGGCAAGUUGGGUGGCAGGAACCGGAAGCUGCUGACGCUCGAGCCGUCGUUGAAGUACAUCGACCAUUCUCCGGUUGCGAGUCUCCCGAUUUCAUUUGGUGGAAGCGUGGGAACGAUCGAUGUUGGCCCAACGACAUUGCUGGCCUGCAAAACGUUGAAGAAGGGCACAUCGCUGGAUCGCAAGCACGCAUACGAUUACCUGGAGGCCUGCAUGACAAUGCUGAUGCAAGAGGUGACAAGGUGUUCUGGCCCCAAUGUCGAGUCGACAUUUGUUUCUGCCCUGGAAGGUGUCUUUGAUGCAUAUCUGAUCCCGGAGCAGCCUGUUGAAAUCAAAGAACGGGCGGGCACCUUCCUCAAAGGGAUGAGCCGCAAGGUGCUCGAGAUGGAAAUGGGCCGGCCACCUCCAGUAGGCUUCACCAGGCCCGUGCUGAGCCCCAUGCUGCACGCCUUCCUUGACGCGAUCCCGUAUGCGCUCGCGCGCGAGACCACGGGAGAGUGCGAGCAGGCGGAAGAGAUGGUCAAGCUCUUUGUUCAACACAUCGUGGACAUCAAUCCUUCGAAGAACCCAAGCGCUCCAGCCGUCGAAGUGAGCAUGGUGCUGCAUCAGAUAUCUCAUCGCUUCAAUUCACUGUGUCUUGACGGCCACCUGAUGCGCAAACGGGCUGGAUAUCGCGCUCUGCGGCUCAUGACAACGGCAGCAGAGAUCGGAGCUCGUUGGACAGCUGAGCGAGAAGGAGACUCGGUCCACACCCUCAUCCGGAUGCUCAAGGAUCUGCCCGCCGGUCUGACCCGCGAUGUUGAGCAGGUCAUCAGCACCCUGCGGGACGUUUUGCGCAUCAGCAACUGCAACCUCGACUUCUCACUCGACCAGACGAAUCUCAAACUCGUCAACCUCGCGGGGCUCUUCUGCUCUGAGCUCUCUGGCCCAAACGCAGUUGCUCGAGAUGCAGUACAAAAAUGUCUUGCGCUACUGGUCGAGAUCAGUGGCCGAUCUGCGCACUCCCUGCUCGAGUCGCACCGCGACCGGCUGCUGGGAGGGAUCUACACCAAACCUCUCAGGGCUCUGCCAUUUCCGAUCCAAAUCGGUAUGAUCGAAGCAGUGCGCUACUGUGUUUCUCUCGAUCCUCCGCUCGUUGAGCUCAACGACGAGCUGCUUCGGCUGUUACAUGAGACUCUCGCUUUGGCCGACGCUGAAGAUGGCACUCUUCUGCCAAGAGGGAGUCUGCCCCCUCGGCAAGGCAGUCUCGAGGUCAUUCGGCUUCGCGUUGCUUGCAUCAAGCUCCUCACCGCGUCCAUGCCUUUGACCGACUUUUUCUCGAGGCAGCACCAGACUCGUCAGAGAGUCACGAGUGUGUAUUUCAAGUCGCUGUACUCGCCGUCUCCUGAAGUGAAAGAUGUGGCCUACGACGGACUGAAGAUGGUUCUUGGUCAUCAAAGCCGACUGCCUCGCGAGCUGCUGCAGACAGGCUUGCGUCCGAUCCUCAUGAACCUGGCAGAUCCCAAGCGACUGUCUGUUCCUGGGCUGGAGGGACUCGCGCGAUUGCUCGAACUCCUGACGAACUACUUCAAAGUCGAGAUCGGCCACAAGCUUCUCGACCACUUCCGCAUUGUGGCAGACCCGCAGUUGCUUUCGAACGCGUCGAAACUGACGCUCAGCGAAAACGAAGGAAUCACAAAGCUGGUCCGACUGGCCAACAUCUUUCACCUGCUCCCAUCCGCAGCCAACAUCUUUCUCGAGAAUCUGGUGAAUGCGAUCGUGCAGACCGAGUCGCAGAUGCACCUUUCGGGCCAGACGCCGUUUUCGGAACCGCUCGCCAAGUAUCUCAAUCGAUAUCCUGCAGAAGGCAUCGACUUCUUCUUCAAGCAGAUUGAACUACCAGCGCAUCAGCGGACUCUACGAGCGAUCCUGCAAGCGGAAAUGGCUCCCAAUCUGCUGAUCGAACUGGCGUCACGCCCUGCCAUGUUGCUACAGUUUUUGCAGACCGAGGGCAAGCCCACCGUAGUGAUUCAUGCACUGAAUCUCGUUUCUGAUUUGGUUGAGCUCAGUCCCACGUGGAUGUUCGAGAACGAUCAUGUGAUGGACCGUUUGCUGGAGAUAUGGCGGAAAGAACAGCCACACCCGGAGAACAGUGCCGAGGUCGUCCCGCAAGCGAUCGAGCGACACAACAUUCUGCUCUCGAUCUUCAAGACGGUGCUGAGCCGGACGCCUCGGGUUGACUUGGUUUUCGAGAUCAUCUCCAUCUACACGCGCAAUCUGGGCAUUGACUUGCUGCGCACCACGCGGUUUUUGUAUCGGCAUGUUGCCCUCAGUGAUGACAUUUUCGUGCAGCGUAAUGUGCUGAUGCGCUUCUUGACCUGGUACGAGGAUCCUACGGUCACGUGGCAACUCAAGCUGUUCAUGAUGCGCUAUGUCAUCACGCCCACGUUGCUGGUGCAAGCGGGCAAGCACGAGCUCGUAGAUGCAGGAUUCACCAGCAAGAUUGCCAAACUGAUGUGGGCCCGGCCGCCAGACGCAGAGACCGAUGACGUUUUCAAGGUCGAGUUGCUCUACCUGACGACCGUGCUUGUCCAGCACUAUGCGAAACAUCUCGAGGACGUCAAGAAGGAUAUCAUCCGCUGCGCCUGGCAGUACAUCAGCUGCGAGGAUGCGAUUGUCAAACAGACGGGUUUUCUGCUGACCGCCCGGUUCUUUGUCGCGUGGCCGACUCCCCAGAAGUUUUUGAUGAAGACAUGGAUGGGUCUGCUGCGGUUUGCCCCGGCAGAGGGGAAACCUGCCAUCCGACAGGAUGCACUUGCGAUUCUCAUGCCGUGCCUGACUGCCUCGGAAGGUCUCGAUCGGGGAUACCCACAGUGGGCGCUCAGUGCCAGGAAGCUCUUGCUCGAGGAAGGACUGGCUCAGUCGUUCUCGAUCUACCAGCUGAUUGCCAAGUACUCCGACCUGUUCUAUCCCGUCAGAGGCCUCCUCGUGCCGCAUCUCGUGAACUCCUUGAACAAGCUAGGCUUGUCGACCGCCUCGACAGCUGAUUCGCGGGUCCUGACGAUCGAGCUGCUGAAUGUCAUUUUCAAAUGGGAAGAGCAGACCGCCAGUGCCAUGAAAUCCGGCCAGGAAAUCGCCAACCCGGCCGGUGUUCCUGUUUGGACUACACCGCUGAGUUUCAGAGAGAACAUCAACGAGCUCACCAGCGAGCCCUUCGUGGCACAAGCUGUCGCCUCGGCCCGGGUGCUGCAAGUGAUCGCAUCGGAGCAAGAUGAUGCGUGGUACACGACGAACUAUGAGCUCUUGCACAAACUCGUCCGCAAGGGCAUGGUCACAGACGAAUAUGCUUUGCACGAUGCUCUCCAGCCAAUCUUCUCGCACCUCAUCCGGCUGUUUCCGCUGCCGAAAGAGGAUCCGGAGGAAACAGUGUCGGACGAGAAAUCCGAGUUCCAUGUGUUUGUCCACACCUCCAUCUCUGACGGACUCAAGAACACCGCCACGCUGAGAGGCACACUUCUGAUGCUCAAGUCGGUCAUCCAGGUCGAGGCUGAGCGGAUCGAGCCGUACUCCGCCAACUUGAUGAGGCUGCUCGGAAGACUUGCUAAGGAACACUGCAACUCGACCCCGGCUUCGCCAGGAUUCGAAAACAGCAUGAGCGUUGCCUUCCUCGCUGACCAACGGCGCUGGCUGUUGAGCACGCUCGUGGUCCUGGUCGACAAGAGCAAGAGCCCCGUUAUCUGUGCUUAUAUUCUCGAGCUGGCCAAGACAUGGGCAUUGGUCCGCCAGGAUCCGUACCCGACGAUGAAAGAAAAGGCAAGCUUGCUGCAGAAGAUGGUCGCAUUCGAGGGCAGGGCGGAGAACAUCCACCACCUCUACCUCGAGCUCAUCUACAGUAUCUACACCCAGCCUGCGCUCAAGCGCAGCGAUCUCACUGCCAGGCUGGAGCAGUCAUUCCUGCUAGGAUGUCGCGCCAAGGACCCUGAACUGCGCGCCAAGUUCAUCGAGCUCCUCGACGCCAGUGUCACGCGGUCCCUCAUCAGCCGCGUGACCUAUGUGUUCGGUGUCCAGAACUGGGAAUCACUCGCCGAUAACAACUGGAUCUACCUUGCGCUAGACCUCAUUCUCAGCGCCGCCGACAAGGAUUUGCCGGCGCGUCACGUCGCAUCGCGUGAUAUCAGCAUACAGAAUGUGCUCCGCCCAAUGCGCAGUCUGUUGUCGCUCGACGCUCAAGCAGCCCACGACACUUGGGUCUCGCUUUUCCCUGUCAUCUGGCGUGCCCUGUCCCGUCGUGAGCAGAUCGACCUGACGCAGCACGUGAUCAAUCUGCUGGCUAAAGAGUACCACAUCCGGCAGUCGGAAGUGCGGCCGAACGUGAUUCAAACACUGUUGACGGGUAUUCAUGCGUGCCAGUCGUCCCCGAUGACACUGCCGCCGCAUCUGGUCAAGUACCUCGCCAAGACGUUUGGCGCGUGGUUCGUGUCCCUUGAGGUGCUGGCCGGUUCCUUCGAACAGGUGCGCGACGACGAGCACGUGAUCAGGGAGUAUGUGUAUGACUCGCUGGCGGAUGUCUAUGCGGAACUGGCUGAGGAGGAUAUGUUCUACGGCCUGUGGCGACAUCGUUGCCUGCACAUCGACACGAACAUCGCCCUCGCGUUCGAGCAGAAUGGGAUGUGGGAGCAAGCCUCGGCUACGUACGAAGUCGCCCAGACCAAGGCGCGCACGGGCCAGAUCCCGUUCACGGAAUCCGAGUUCUGUCUUUGGGAGGACCAUUGGGUGUUAGCUGCGGAGAAGUUGCAGCAGUGGGAUAUCCUGCAUGAUCUGGCCAAGGCAGAGAACAACCAAGAGCUCGUUCUCGAGAGUGCGUGGAGAACUAUCCAAUGGGUCGAUCACAAGGAGAUGCUCGAGGAACAGAUUGCCCAGUUGCCGGAUGUAGCGACACCGAGGAGGAGGAUCUUCGAAGCCUUCUUGGCCUUGCUCAAGAUGCCUGCCGCGUUGGACAAGAAUGUCGAGUUCACCAAGAUCCUCGAAGAUGCGAUGCAGCUGUCCUUGCGCAAAUGGGUAUCGCUUCCUCCCCACCUGUCAGGGGCUCACGUGCCGCUGCUGCAGCACUUCCAGCAGUUUGUCGAGCUCCAGGAGGCGGUGCAAAUCUUUGGCUCGCUCUCGACCACGACGGCGCAGAACUUGGAGAAGAAGUCGGGCGAUCUGAAGAUGGUGCUCCAGGCGUGGCGAGAGAGACUGCCGAAUCUGCAAGACGAUAUCAGCAUCUGGAGCGACCUGAUCGCAUGGCGCCAAAACGUAUUCCAUGCCAUCAAUAGUGUCUACAUUCCGUUGAUCUCAGGUGCGAAUCAGCCCGGCGGCAACACCCAAACGUUCGGCUAUCGGGGCUACCACGAGACGGCGUGGAUCAUCAACCGAUUUGCGCACGUCGCGAGGAAGCAUGACUUGCUCGAUGUGUGCUUCACGUCGCUCACCAAAAUCUACACGCUGCCGAACAUCGAGAUUUCCGAGGCAUUCCUGAAGCUGCGGGAGCAGGCUAAGUGCCACUACCAGAAGCCAAAUGAUCUGCAAGCCGGGCUCGAGGUGAUCAACAACACGAACCUCGUCUUCUUCUCUAUCGCGCAAAAGGCUGAGUUUUACACUCUCAAGGGCAUGUUCCACGCUCGGUUCAAGCGGAACGAGGACGCAAACAACGCGUUUGGGCAGGCUGUGCAGCUGGACAUGUCGCAGGCCAAAGCAUGGGCUGAGUGGGGGCGCUACAGCGACAACAUGUUCAAGGAGAACCCCGCCGAUCUGUCGCAUGCGGCCAAUGCCGUCAGCUGCUAUCUCCAGGCAGCGGGGUUGUACAAGAACGGCAAGAGCCGGCCCUUGAUCGGCCGGAUUCUGUGGUUGCUGAGCAUUGAUGACCCAUCGCUGAUCAUCUCGCGCGCGUUUGACACCUACAAGGGCGAUGCCGCAUACUGGUACUGGAUCACAUUCAUCCCGCAUCUGUGCAUGAGUCUGUCCAGCCGGGAGGUCAAGCAGGCUCGCUAUGUGCUAUUGAAUCUGGCGCGGCACUAUCCACAGGCUCUGUUCUUCCAUCUCCGCAUGACGCGUGAAGAAGUGCUACUCCGCAAACAGGCGAUGAUGCGCGUCCAGCAGCAGCAGGCCGCCGCAGCUGCCGCAUCCCAGCCUCCGGCGGAGAACGGAGCGACACCCGCUGACCACCCGAUGCCGUCUGUCGCGGAAGAAGCCGUCGCGCAGCGCGCUGCCGCCAAUCCCACCGGCGAUGCAAACUACCCACGCCAGGCAUGGGACUACGUCGAGGAGGUCGUCCAGCUGCUCAAGACCGCGUUCCCGCUGUUGGUCCUGAAUCUGGAGACGAUUGUUGAGCAAGUGAGCAGCAAGUUCAAGCCGUCGGGCGAGGAAGACGCGUAUCGCCAUAUUUGUUUGUUGUUGAGCGAUGCACUGCAGACCUACGUCGUGCGUGUCAGCAGCCCCCUGGAUGACGGACAACUGGCCCAGAGUACGCUCAAUGCGAUGCUGCGGUUUGGCCAGACGUUGAAUGGGGCUGUCAAGCGCGAAUGGGACGAAACAUUCACACCCGGUCUAAGUCUGCACGAGUACAUCCAGAAACUGCAGAGUUGGCGAGGCCGGUUCGAGAAGAACUUGGACCUCAAGUCUCGUCUGCAGCCUCUCGACACGCUCAGUCACUACCUGACCGAGUUCCAGUACAUGAAGGUGGAUGAGAUCGAAGUUCCCGGCCAGUACACCGAAGACAAGGACUCGAACCAGAACUUUGUGCGCAUCCAGCGCUUCGGGCCGCGCUUCGAGAACUGCCGCACACAUGGUUUCACGUGGAAACGGCUGGUGAUUUGUGGCUCGGACAACUCCAAGAUCAGUUUCUCGAUCCAGGUCAAUAUGACCCGUUACACGAGGAGAGAAGAAAGAGUCAUGCAGAUAUUCCGAACUUUCAACGGCACGUUGGCCCGCAAGAAAGAGUCUCGCAAACGUAACCUCACGUUCCAUGUUCCAAUCGUCGUGUCGUUCAGCCCCUCGGCUCGACUGUACCAGACUGACUCGUCCUAUGUUUCGCUCGGGGACAUCUACGACCAGCACUGCGAGGCAAGCGGCUUCGCCAAGGAGGACCCGCUGUUGUACGCGGGCGAAAAGAUGAAGCAAGUCAUGCGACAGUAUCCGGCGCAGACGGGGAUGGGUCCUGGAAAGGUCGAAUGGCUCACGUUAAAGAAGGACAUCUUCGAUGAGAUUGCAGUCAAGAUGGUACCUGAGGAUGUCUUCACCAAGUACAUGGUUCGAACGAUGGAAACACCGAGCGACCUCUGGCGGAUGCGCAAGCAGUUUGCGCUGCAGCUUGCCUCGUGCAGCUUUAUGACCUAUACACUGUGUCUCACUCACCGGACACCGACGAGGUACUACAUCUCGAGGAAGACCGGGCUGAUUGCCAUGUCAGAAUUGGUUCCGGGGAUGUCACAACAACAGGCGACUUUCGCUACCAACGACGUCGUUCCUUUCCGCCUCACACCCAACAUGCAAAACUUCCUCGGGCCCAUCUUCACGGAGGGCAUCUUGACCGCAGGGAUUCUGGCGAUCGCUCGUAGUUUGACGGAACCGGAGUUUGAUCUCGAACACCAGAUCUGCUUGUUCAGCCGGGAUGAAGUGCUGACGUAUUUGCGUGCGCGACUGCCCAACAACGCGAGUCUGGAUGCGACAUUCCGGAAGCACUUUGCGUUAAACAUCGAGGGCGUGGUCAAGCGUGCCGAGACGAUGGCAUGUAAAACAGAGCGAGAGAUGACCGUGUCUGGCGGAAACGGCAGCGUCCAGCCAGUCGUGCAGACAGUGACAAAUCUGAUCAGCACUGCGACGAAUCCGGUGCAGAUGGCGAAAAUGGGCGAGAUGUAUUAUCCUUGGUUCUAGUCUUGUAAUAACAGCUGCUGUGUGUAUAUUGAGUGUAUCUAACGGAAUCAUUGUGCUUUUUGCUGUCUGCAUCUUCAUCUCACGUGCGGGUGCUUCCGGAGUCCAUGCCACACGCGUUAGUGCCACUUGCUUCUGUCCAUCAUCGGACUAUCAUUCGCAUCUGGAUGCGCACAUCCCCUUGGCGAGCGAUGGCUUCUGUGUAUCUUGCAACAUGCUUCAGUCCUCGUCCCGUCCUGAGGCGAAGCAGAUGCGCCUGCUGCGAAUCGUCCGACACCGCCCAUACAUCUACGUAGCGGUCUUCCUAGUAUCCCUCGUCUUGGUCUGGCAUGUCCAACCGCACCAGUACAUCUCCACCUCGUUUCUGAACGGGGCAGCGGCGGCUUCGGAUGAGUCGGCGCCCUCGACCCCUGCGCUUGCGCCCGACCUGAAGUGGGUCCGACGCGCGGAGGAUGUCAAGUCGGCCUUCCUGCACGCAUACCACGGGUGGGAGGAAUACGCUGCGCCCCACGACGAGCUGCUGCCGCUCUCCAAGGCUCACAAGGAUCCCUUCAACGGGUGGGGUAUCUCCGCCGUGGACUCGCUCGACACGAUGCUGCUGAUGAAACUCGACGCGGAGUACGCGCGAGCUGUGGCGCGCGUCUCGAACCUCACGUUCCCGAUGAACGAGGGCAAGUUCGCGCCGUAUUUCGAGACCGUGAUCCGGUAUCUCGGGGGCUUUCUCAGCGCGUACGCGCUGUCGGGAGACCGCGUCCUGCUCGGCCUUGCCGAGGAUCUCGCGGAGAAGCUCGAUCCUGUAUUCGAUCACUUUGACUCUCCGUUUCCUGUGUAUGGCGUGAAUACUGUGAGCGGUAAGUUGAAGGGAGGACAGAUUGGGGGGUUGGCAGAAAUUGGAACACUGCAGGUCGAGUACCUUUAUUUGGCCAAGGCGACCGGUAAUAGGCGCUGGUACGAACGGGCCGCUGGAGUCAUGAAUGCACUAGCCACGGCCGAUGUCCGGAAAUAUGGAGGGAUGCUUCCUCUCGCUUGGAACCUCACUACGAGCCAGCCGAUCGACUGUAACGCUACGACAGACGCUUGGCUCGGUAACGUGUGUCCACUGCACCUGUCGGUCGGCGCGAUGGCGGAUAGUGCGCAUGAAUAUCUGCUCAAGCAGUAUCUCCUGACCUCGUCAACCGACCAGCAGAGUCUCGACAUGUAUCUACGAGCUAGUACCCAUAUCCUUACCAAUCUGCUUUACGUCUCACCCCAGCGGAAUAUGCUUUACAUGACGGACACGUCCUCGACGACCGAUGUCCAUGGGGCUCGGCCAUCGCAUGAUAUGGAACACCUUUCCUGCUUCUUGCCGGGUCUUCUUGCCCUCGGUGUCCAUGCCCUACCGCUCGACGAACUGGCCACACAGCUCCCGGAGCUGGGGAAGGAGUUUGGCUGGGCAUCUCGGGGAUACGAUACGCUCUCCAAGGAGCCUUCCUUGAGAGAACUGCAUCUAUGGGCUGCCAAGGGCCUGGCAGAGACCUGUUACAUGGUAUAUGCCGACCAAGCUUCGGGUCUCUCGCCGGACCAAAUCACGUUUGAUGACCCGAGCCUGCAUCCGGAGACGACGCAGGAUAGAACUUGGGAGCCACGACUUUGGAUUGACGAAGUGCACGAGUGGAGGAAGACGCUUGCGACGAAUGCGGGCACAUUCAAGGGCCACCGGUUUCCACCCGGGGUCGAAGAGAAGCAUCAACCCGUCAACGAAACAAGCAAGGGGCGUGACUAUCUCGUGUCGGUCUCGAGAUAUUUGCUUCGACCGGAGACAGUCGAGUCGCUGUAUAUUUUAUGGCGAGUGACCGGCGAAGAGCGCUGGAGGGAGAUGGGGUGGAACAUCUUCAAAGCCAUCGAACGAGAGACGCGAACAUCAGUGGGCUACGCCUCGCUCGAGACGAUAUACGAGUCUCCUGCGCCGCAGGCGGAUGAUAUGCCUAGCUACUUUCUGGCUGAAACCCUCAAGUAUCUUUACCUGCUCUUCCUUGAAGACGACCCGGUCCCGCUCGACAAGUGGGUCUUCAAUACGGAGGCUCACCCGCUGCCGAUAUUCCGCUGGACGGCAGAAGAGAAACAGAAGUUCCAGAUGCUAUGAAAGCUCGUAUACAGAUUUAUACACAAUCAGGUUCGACUGGGUCAUUGGGUGCUUCUGCAUUUCGAGUGUUCAUCUGUCGAGCAUAUCAGAAAGUCGGAUGUGUGUCUGGACUGGAUGUCAUUAACGUGAUUUUCGUCUGGUUCGGGUCUGCAUAUGGGAUUCUUGGAUAGAGCCCCCGCGAGAAGCGCAACCCGACGUCGGCUGGUUCCGGAACCUUGCUCUUCGUUCGCGACCUCAGGCCAUACAAGGCUCACAAACAGCGCGACGCGCGGUGGCGAGGAAAUGAUGCCCAGUCGUCGUAGCGACAAGAAAAGAACAACCGAGCCAGCGCGUUCGGGAGGCUGUUGGCACGGGGAAUGAAGGCAGUCGCAAAGAGGUAAGAAUUCGUACUCGGACCACGGGGUGAAAAAGACGCGUGGAGGAGAAGAGGGGUGGUGAAGAACUUCACAAAUAUCCAUGUCGAUACCUGAACCGCUUGUUCGCGCUGCAGAAUCAGCUGCCGAUGGUUCUGGGUUCAUCUCGCUCGUGGGAGAUUGUUGGCGUUCUUGGAUUCGCCACGCGAGGACAGAGGGAUCAUUCGGACCGUAAGUCAGUCGGAUCUAACGGUCCUUACUUACUGGAGGAUCGCGGUGAAAAUACGGAGAUGCCAUUGCAUGCGGCGAAAGUGGUCGAAAGAGGGCCGGGUUACGUGGAUCAACGUAGCACGGGAUCGCGACGCGCUAGUGUUCGAGUCUCACUGAGCGCAGACAAAGUUCCUCCGAGGACUGAGACGCUUGCUGGAUUGUUCAGCUGAUUCAAUGAGCCCGUUCAAGUGACCCAGAAUUUCUGAAGCGACGCUCACCAAACCUGGUGGCAAACGUGAGGACGCGUCCGGCGGGCGCCGGGAUCGAUCAAUCGAGCUGCGGGAAGCAUCCUACGCUCGCACCGAAGCCGAGUCCACAGACUGUAGCGCGGUUUUGUGCUUUUACUUGACCUCUGCAGUUGUAUGUUAUGUAAAGACAUACAUAGCGUGUUAACGUUUUAACCGUCGAACGUGACACUAGUCUCCGAAGCCCCUAUCUUCGGAGUUAAUAAAGUGUGUGAUGGCGCUGACAAAGGGCAAAUGAAUGAAAGCGGUGCCCCCACCCCCCCAAAAAAGUCUCACACUAACACAACUGUAACGACGCCAACCCGCUCUACUUGGACCCCUUCGACGCGCCAGGAUUUCGUGUCGGAUCUGGGGCGCAUACAUACUGCCCGGAACUGAGAAGAGAAAGAAGCGUUUUUGUUGGACCCUCAAAUUCGAUCGAGCCACAGGAACUUAGACAGCCACACGACCACCUCGUGUUGCGCACCUGCCCACAUCCCCGUCCGGAACAUACUCCGCGUACACAGCCAGGCCCACGCCAUCUAAUCCAAUGGAUCCUGGCGAGACAUGCUCAAGCACGCCGUUAAGCGGUGGAGACUUGCCGCCUCCGUCGCCGGCCCGCCUCCUAUCGUCGAAACCGCCGUCGCCUUACAUUAACGCCUCGCCCAACCGUAGAGGUCACAGGCAUACACAGAGUCUUGGUCUUUUGUCCCCUCCGAGUCGGUCCAGUCUGACCAGUGAGGAAUCGAGCUCGUCGGCAUCAUCCGUAUCGCGAUCGCCUGGAGGAUAUUCGGUGAUAUCCAACUCAAACUCCCCGUUGGCGCAUUCUCCAUCACGCGGGAGUCUGCCUGGUACACCUAUUACUUCUGGGACGCCCGUCCUGUCUUCUUCAGCCAAAGCCAGACGCACUUCUCUGAGUAAUCGCCUUCCGCCACUUCCUUCUCUGCUCUCUGGGCUGAAUUUGUCAUCGCUACUGCCUUCGAACGCGAAGACUGUCGGUAUGCCUUCGAGUUCCAUCACCCCUGCUUCCCCGACGUUGAACGCACAUUCGCGGCGUGCGACAUUCGGUUUCUACCGAACUUCGAACGAGGACGAGAACGUUCCAGUGCAUGCUCCCCAGCCUCGUCGGGCCAGCCAAUCGACUUUUGCACCUGGCACUGCCACGCCGUCAAGGUCAGAGCAGCUUCUCAGGGAUGCACUGAGACGAGGGUCUCCUGUACCACAGCCAUCGAAGCCGACGUCGCCAGCACCUUACUCACGGUCGCGCACUCCGCAGGUCUAUGGCGGCCAUGAGGAAGGCGGUGCCGCAUCAAUGCAUUUAGCGAGGGCGUUGUCCAGACUGGAAGGCCGCGGUGGUAGUGCUGCUGAGGAGCGCGAUCCAGACCAUGAAGCGUUGCGCGCGCGACUGGAGCGGGUUUUGGCUGGUGGCAGCCCCCGAGUGUCGCUCGACGGGAGGAGGAAGACGGAGUCGAUGGAGUCUACGUCAUCCGCAGGCAGCUGUGAAUCGCCGCUUCCGAUGAGUCCGGGCCUGCCUGAACGCCGGACACCCAGGCCCCGGACUCCAGCUACACCAACACUCAGUACCCCGCAUUCCAAUACUCGCGCAUAUACUCAGUUACCAGAUACAACGAUGGCCACUCCCAGCUCGUCACCCCGCUCGCCUAGGUCACCACAUGCAGGCACCCGUUCGCCGCUGCCACCAUCGUCCCAGUCUCGCACAUAUACUCAUCUAUCGGACACGACUAUGGCCAGUCUCAACUCGUCUCCUCGCUCGCCGCGGUCUCCACAUUCAAGCACCCGCUCGCCGCCUCCACCGCCGAUAUUCCCAGAUAUCGACCUUGCACGCCGCAACACGGCACCGGCAGCAACACCUUCCCCCCGUCGUUCUAGUUUUGCGUUCAAAGAUGUUGUGGACCGCGGACAGACGCCCUCCCCGUCGCCUGGGCGAGUUCGGACACGUGCGAGAACAGAGCCGGUGGGGGGCGACGCAGACUUGGCCAGAUGGCAGGUCGAGCAACAGCAGAUGCACCACCGACGAGGGGGACAUGCCCGAAAAAGCAGCGCCUAUGCUUCUCUGAUGGCACUGCAAGGCCCAGGGCCGCAUCCUGGGUACGGCGCUGCCCAUCACGCGUAUCCCGCUCAGUCAGCGUCUGCACGGAUGACGUCGCCGGGGAGCACCCCACCGCUAUCUGCCGAUGUCAGGGACGAAGACACCAGCGAAUCGGAGAGUGCCGGCGCGGAGGUUCCCAGGAAAAUGCUAUUGACCCCGCCGGGCACGCCGCCACAGUCGAUAGUGAACGUCGCGGGAGAAGAUGAGUUUGCCGCCGCGGACGAUGAUGAGGAAGAUGUGCCUCGACGCCGAACCGAAUACAUGCACCUGUCUCCCGAUGGGUCCCGGUCGACGUUCAAUGCGCGAAAAGCUUCUGCGCAAUGCAGACAGUUGGAGGGCUACGUCAGUUUCGCGGCUGUUGAAGGACUCGGGGAGCCGCCUAGCCCAGGCCCGGAUGGCGACGCUUCAGAUGAAGAAGAUGCCACCCGCAAAGCUAAACGCGGGAGUCUGGGCUCCGGGCUGGUUGGCCUUCUCAAGACCGGGUUCUGGUGAAGCGAGUGCUUGGCUGGCCCAUGCACUCUCCCACUCUCUAUGCACUUAUGCUGUCAUCUGCCUUGCUAUCGCUUUCUCCAAUCUUCUGGGACCUUGGUUUACACUAUAACACUAACUUGGUACAAACUUAACUUACUUGCUAAUUUGUGUGUACGUGCAUCUUACUGUAUGUACAUCGUCUUUGGCGGCGGGAACGGAUGUUGUAUCAGACAUGUACAACAGAACAGGCUGCAUCCAACCGGCUGUCGUUCGUGCCCCACGCCUGUUCGUUCCGGAUCUCUUGGCCCUUGAUAGUCUCGCGACCCUGGAGAAUACCUGCAGAUGCAAAGCCAUAUCGGCCGUAACUUGAUGGCCGCCCAUCGAAACCUUGCAGGCUGGAAUUUCCGAUGGUCUGCGCUGGAUCGAUGGUUCUCCGCGAUUGGUCAUGCUGGACUUGCAAUGAACGCUCUAUCAAAUGCCGAGACCGACCGCGAUAGCUAUCGACGGACACGUUCGGAGAGAAUAUGUCGGCGAACACUGGACCUCUUCACACGCACACACGCUCAAUCACUAGACGCCGGAAUCACUCCUGGCAGGAGGAACCGUUGGAAAUCAAUCAAUAAACAAAUUGUAUCAUUAUUCUCACUGGCAAGCACCCAUAAUAAUAGAACAUUGUUGACAUGAACAUCCAUGUGCUCCUCGUGAACCGGCCCACGAAGUCCGUUCGUCGAGCGGGAUUUACGCCGGCGCAAAUCUCGCAUUGGCGCGCCGAUAUGGAAGUCUGGUCAUGGAGUUCCGACGCAGAUUAGAUAAUGCUAUGCAAGAAAUAGGGGUAUAUGCAACUACUUGGUCUCGCCGCCGUCGAAGAACGCAACGAGCUUGCCGACUCCAACCUUGCCGGUCGGCACCGGUUUGGGCAGGGUGUCCUUGGACUGUUUCCGCAACACCAGGGGAUCGACAAAAGGGCCUACACUCCCAAACCGAUCGAUCGACUUGGAGCGCGCAUGAGGUAGCCGUGAGCUGUUGGAGCUCAACUGCGCAGUAGUAUUGGGAGACGCCUGAAGGAUCGACGACAUCCCGUAAGCAGACUGCGCCCGCAUCCGGGGCUCUUUGUCAUUGCGCCCACGGGACAGCUUGUUCGCAGUGGACUUCCCAAUCGUGUCACCUCCAUCCAGCUCCUCCCCAUCAGAACCAGAGAACACAGCGGUUCCAAUAUCGAAGCCCGGAUCGGAAUCGGACUCGACAGAACCACCCAGCGCGACGGUGUAGCGUUUCCGGGGUGUGGGGCUGACGCUGCCCCGGCCAAUGGCUCGGCUCGAGGGCUUGGGAAUCGGCAAGUCCUGAGAACUCGAGUGCGAUUUAAGAGAGUGGAUGGAGUCCGUCGAGGACAUCGGCAAACCGGACACAACAGCUUCUGGAGAUCGCGUCUGAGAUGCACCAAACACGUCCGGCGGAGGCGACGCAUAAUCUCCGCUGGGAUAUGGAAGCUUGGUGCUCCCCGUCGCGAGGGGCGUCGUUACGGGCGGCGACGUCGCCGUUUUCCUGAGACUGGGGCCCGGACUUACACUUGGGACUGCAAACGAAGAAGACGGGGUCGUUGGUCCAACCGACAACUCCGAAGGAUAACGAGCCUGCGUGGCUUGGGACAAGUUGGCUGGCGCAGUGGCAAGCUUGGCCAUUUCCCUGCCAAGUGACGUGACUCGACUCUGAAGCUCAUGUAGUCCUUCCCGAAUCUCGGUCAAUCCAGCUUCGCCGUCCUCGUCGUCCUUCGCCUUCUUGGCAGAAUUCUCAUGGAGGGACUGCUGUUCUUUCUCGUUCUCUUUUUCCACCAGCCAUCUCUCCACGUCACCCAUUCUCUCCUCCAAAGCACGCACAUGCCCCACUGUCCACUUCUCCAGCUUUUCGAAGCGUUUGGCGAUUGUGAGCAGUGUGACAUGCACAUCCAGGGUCCCUGUCACAUCGUCGAAAUGUGCGUACAGUGGGGGUGUCUCUCGGUCUCGAUCUCGCGGUGAGCCCGAUGCAUCGAAUCGCAUAGGUGAUGGUGUGAGAUUCGGCGGCAUGUUAGACGCUUGGGGUCGGAUGGGUGUUGUAGGUAUGGAGUUUGAGGGUGAGCUCAUCGGUGCCGGUUGUCGCUGGGAGGGGGGAAUAAGACUAGUGUAUGAUGGAUUCGUGUAUUUGGCUUGCGAGUUUGCCGGCCACUCCUUCUCUUUCCCUUUACUGCUUUUCUUCUCCUUAUCCCGAGCUUUCGUAUCCUGUAUGACCUGCUGUGCCGGAGUCAGGUCCUUGGUUGGCGUCAGUCUGUUUUUCGCCGCUGCCCACCACCCACUGCUCUCUUUCUGGGACGACGACGGCGACGGUGGAUCCAUAGACUGGGACCGCGCCGGGGGUGGUGGCAAUCCCCUUGUGCUUUCCAUCAUAGCCAUGACCCGGUCCUCGACCAAUCUUCGGUCCUCCGCUUCCUUCGUCAAAAUACGCUCCGCCUCCCUACGGCUACGGUCACGCGCCAGCUGCGACUCCGCUUCAAGUUCUGCGUCUGUCGGCAUCCGCGCGCCUGUGGUGGGCAUGACCAGUGAACCCAUGCUUCGCGCGAAACUAGCAGCCAUCUGGGACACAGAGGACGAGGGGGACGGUGAUCGGGUCCACUCUGCUCGAUCAUCAUCUUCGUCGUCGCCACUGCCUGAAGCCUCUGGAUCGAUCCCGGUGAACGUGUUGCGCAGUGGCGAGGGGGGUCGUGAGGAGUUGUUGCUCGGCAGAGUGCGUCCCUCGGGCUGCAACGAGAUUAUAACACGGGUGCACGGGCUUCACACCGCGAGCGGACGCACAGGUUGGAGCGACGCAGCAGGCGCGGUCAUUCGCCGCUGUUGCCUGGGUGUCUGCAUAGUUGUCUAGGAAUCCCGCGACGAUGGUUCUAAACAAUGAGGUUUAGUGGUGGUUGUGUUUGGCCCGCACGUCACUAUCGACAUGAUCGUGAAAGUUAGCGGCGGUUGUUUUCAACAUCUCUCCUGUUCCUGGCUGGCCACCACCGAUCUCCGAUUUAAACCUGAUCGCCCCAUCGUAAACAAUGGGGGGCCACUAUAGCUUGCGUCGUUCACCAUGAUACAUGUAAUAAAUCGCACAUUACGUACUCAACUAUCCUCUGCGUCGUCCUCCAA